AAUCGUAUCUUUGGCAAAUUAUAUCUGCCGUAUAAAAGUCAAGAAUAGUUAAAAGAAAAUCAAGAUAUUUUUUCGUAUAGAUUUUGUUGUUCCUUUAAUUUCUUUUUAAUUUUCGAAAAGAAAUCAAUAUGCCACGAUUUCACAAGGUGGAAAUUAAUAAAACAGAAUGGAUUGUGCCCGAAAGAUAUCAAAUGUUAACACCUGUAGGAUCAGGAGCUUACGGUCAAGUUUGUUCCUCUGUAGACACUCUGCAUAAUGUAAAAGUGGCAAUAAAGAAAUUGGCGAGGCCGUUUCAGUCAGCAGUGCAUGCAAAGAGAACCUAUCGUGAGCUACGCAUGUUAAAGCAUAUGAAUCAUGAAAAUGUUAUUGGAUUACUGGAUGUCUUUAGUCCAGAAAAAACCAUAGAGGAGUUUCAACAGGUGUAUCUGGUGACACACUUGAUGGGAGCUGAUCUGAACAAUAUAAUCCGUACACAGAAAUUAUCUGAUGACCAUGUACAGUUUCUGGUCUACCAGAUUCUCCGAGGACUUAAGUAUAUUCACUCUGCAGGCAUCAUUCACAGGGACUUAAAGCCCUCAAACAUUGCAGUAAAUGAGGAUUGUGAGCUGAAAAUAUUGGACUUUGGUUUAGCUAGGCCUACUGAAACUGAAAUGACAGGCUAUGUAGCUACAAGGUGGUAUAGAGCACCUGAAAUUAUGCUCAACUGGAUGCAUUAUAACCAGACUGUGGACAUAUGGUCAGUUGGUUGCAUAAUGGCUGAACUGUUGACUAGCAGGACCCUAUUUCCAGGCACAGAUCAUAUUCAUCAAUUGAAUCUGAUCAUGGAAGUACUUGGGACACCUAGUCAGGAAUUCAUGCAGAAGAUUUCCUCUGAGUCUGCUCGCAACUAUAUUCAGACCCUACCCUCUCUGAAGAAACGUGAUUUUCGUCAAGUGUUCCGCGGUGCGAAUCCUUUAGCAAUCAGCUUGCUGGAACGUAUGUUAGAAUUGGAUGCCGAUAAGCGCAUAACUGCGGAGGAAGCGCUUGCACACGAGUACUUGGCUCAGUACGCUGACCCGACAGAUGAGCCCGAGUCCACACCGUAUGACGAGAGCUUCGAAGACAUGGAUCUCCCGGUUGAGCAGUGGAAAGAUUUGGUUUGGAAAGAAGUCAUAGAAUUUAAACCUCAUCCGCAGCACAUGAACACAGUGGUUGAAGUUAACACUUCAUAAUUUCUUAUUUGAAUGUUUUUCUAUGAAUAUAUUUUAUUGUGUUUAUGACCUGUAGGGACCCGCUUGUAAUACCAACUAGUCUAAUGGUGUACUGCGUUUAUGGUACUCAUUAUGUCUUGAUGUUACCACGUGCAAUAAUACAAUUUGAUUAAUAGAUGGCAUUGCUGGACAAUGCAUUACCUGCAGCAAUGUUUAUAUUUACAUGUUGGUUCAUUGCUCGUUUUAAAAAUAUCAUAUGGUAAUGAAGUCUUUCUUAUAUUUGAAACAUGUUUAAAUUAAAAAAAAAUGUUUUAUAAUAUAGGUAGCAACGAUUUCUAGCUUAGUAUAUUUUAUUGUAAUGAAUUGCGAGAAAGAAAAACACAAUUAUGUCCUACUGCCGAUUAAUAUUGUAUAGAUUGUAAAAUACUUUUUUAUAAUUUAUUGAUCGAAGGAAAGUGUUAAUUGCGUAUUUUUUUCAUAUAUACAUAUAUCUAUAAAUUGAAUGAAAUGUAAGUGUAUUAAAAGAUAAAAUCAUUUAUCUAAAUAGAUAAUCAAACUGCCUGUAAUGUAUGUAGAUAUACACAUCUAUAUAUUGUAAGGUAUAAUGGAAAGGGUAUAUAAUCAAGGGCAUUCUCAAAGAAAUAUUGGGUGUAAUGUAAUUUUUUUUUUUGUAUCUUUUGUCACUUGUACGAAAUAAUGACUAUUGACCCUUUUGGGUAUAAAAACUUACAAAUUCAUUUGCCUACCCAUACAAAACACGCAUUAUCUGUAGAUCUACGAUGGAUUUUG